AUGUCCAAAUUACUCGGAAAUAAAAAAGAAUUUAGUCGAGGCAAAAAGAGAAUUACUCCUCCUGGGAUGCACGGUGGGAAAAGAAAGAGAAGAUUGUCUUCUUAUGGGUUGCGAUUACAAGCCAAACAGAGACUCAUGCAUGGCUUUGGCUGGCGCAAUAAACAAUUAAAAAAUGAGUACAUAAAGGCUAAAUCCAAGGCGGGUGAUACUGGUGUUAAUUUGUUAACCAGUUCUGAGUCACGCUUGGAUAACAUAAUUUUUC